CAUCUCCACAGAGAUGGCUAUAAUGUUGUGCGCAGCUUUCUUCCUGGUUUGUCUUUGCUUUCCACAAUUCCUUGGCAAUGCAAAAGCUGCACCAGGGGCCGCACAGUCUACCUUGCCAACUACAAUACCGGCUGCACCAUCUCAUUUGCCAACAGCAAAGCAGCCACCAGCUUCUACCGUGCCAUCUGCACCAUCCAAAUUGCCAGUCGCAAAACCGCCUCGUUCAACAGUACCAUCUGCACCUUCUAAGUUACCCACUGCAAUCGCACCUCGUUCUGCCUCCCCAUUAUCUGCAGCAAAGCCACCGGUAAAAGCAGUACCGUCUCCUAAAGUUGCACCGUCUUUAAGCCCAACGGUGCCACCCCCUAAGAUUCCACCACCAAAACCAAAAAGGACACCGCCACCGGCAUUGCCACCACCUCUACCACCAGCUUUACCGCCACCUUUACCACCGCCGAAGAUAUCUCCAUCACCAAGCAAAGCGCCACCAGCGCCAGCCCCUGCAAAGUUGACACCAGUACCAUCACCAGUGCCAACACCACCAACACCAGCACCAGCACCCGUUAAAGAGGCACCAGUUCCAGCACCCAUCUUAGAGCCCCCACCGCCUCCACCUCCCGCAAGGCACAAGCACAGGAGGAGGCACAGACACAAGCACAAGAGACAUCAUGCAGCAUCAGUAGCACUAACUCCAGCACCAGCACCAGCACAAACGCACGCACGGACAGUUCGCAGCCCCCCAGCGCCUCCUACAGUGGAAGACACAGAUCAGGAAACAGAUUCACCAGCACCAUCACCAAAUUCGAGCAAAGGACAUGCGGUACAUCAGCAGGGAGGAAUGUCUGGAAGGUGGAUGAGUGCAGGAGUUGCAGUUGCCAUUCUGUUGGCUAUUACAUGAUACAAUUCCUAGCAACAUUGCAUGAUGAAGAUUUGCUGUUAUUCUGAAGACUUGAUUAUUUCUUGCAAAGAAUAAAAGAUAUAGAAAUGAAUAUAUAAUAAGGAGACUGCACCAAAUCGUGAGGCUUUUGUAGUUCCAAUUUUUGAAGGGUUGUUUAAUGAAGCUGGAUUUUGAACUA